GAUCUCGCACUGGAGCUGUUCUAUCGUCCGUAUCAUGAAUUUCUUGAUAUCAUGUUCCGGGUGGCAGUGACGGCGAACUAUUUCAAUGAACAGUUGGUUCAUUUAUCGUUGCUGGCUGGUAUCGAGGCGGUCGUGCUGCAUUUCAACAUUUUUCCUAAGUUUUGGGUCGGCAUCUACAACAAUAAAACUACACACAGGUACUCGGAAAUGCUUAUCAAGAAUCCGUUGCUCAUCGACUAUAUCGAUAACGUGCUGCGCGAUGAAAGGCUAUCGUUAAACGAUCCAAUCAUAGCGAAUUUCAUCGAAAUCUACUACCCCAAGAUAAAAUCGCGGUUGGUUGUGCCUCGAUUACUAGAAUCCAUCUGCCAGCUGCUGCCAGACAAGGGAAAUCUGGAGGAUAUCUGUGGAGAUCUGCAGGCAAUCCGCAUUAUCGGACAGCGUACGGGAAUCCCGCGAAGUAUGAAGGAACCGUUGCAACGCUCCCUACACGCCGUACUGACCAAAUUUAAAGACGAAAUAUACAGCGACGAGGAAACACCACCGAAGAAACGAAAGGUGACCGUACCACACAUCACGAUUCACCCGGUGGUACGAUCAGAUGGUAGCGAAUCAACCGAAUCAUCAUCGGAGACAGCGUGCGUUUUACAGGCAGAUGGUGCGAAGGCUCGGGGAAAGGAAUCCAUUCCACCAUCGGUGGAAAUAACAUUGCAAAGCAAACAGACUGGUGGUGGCGCUGCCACCGUUUCCACUGGCUCUGGUGGUGAGGAAGUUGCAGCAGCCGGUACAAGCGGUUCUGGAAAGGGGGGAGAAGAACUGGAAGAAAGCAAAAAGUACGAGAUGGCCGUCGAUACGGUGCCAACCCAAGACGAUGAAGCAAACACGCCUGAAAGCAGUACAGCAGCUCAGCAGCAGCCUCAACAAGGUGCUUCCAAGGAUAUAAUUGGUCCCCCGGUCCCAUCCGUCCCAACGGCAGCGUUAGCGGAUCAGCUGCAGAAACAGCAGAAGCAUUAUCUACGAAACUUAGUCAAGGACAUCGAGAGCCACAUUGAGCUGAUUUUCGAGUGCUUAGACGAUGAGGAAGAAGAUGACGGCCCAGGUACCAAGAAGUCGACUACUGACAAUGCCAAGAAUGCCAAGGAUGGUUGUUCUGAGGAGAAAGGUACUCCAGGAAAAGUCCCGACGUCACCAGCUGACAGCAAGGGCAGUGUUUCAUCGUCCAGCAAAGAGAUCACACCAAAAGACGAACAACAGUGUGGUGCUGCUACUGAUUGUGAUGACGGGCACGGAGAGAUGCCGAGUCCUCGCAAGAUGAAAAAACUAUUGCCAGUGGACGUUCCUCAGCCCGCGAUGGUUGAAAGUGAGAAUGCGGAUGCCAUCGACACCGGAUCGUCAGCGGAUACUCUCGAACCGUGCCGUGGCGUGUUUGCACUACACGCCAAACAGCCAAUCAUCACUGAACCGUCGCCCACGCUAGAUGGCAAAUAGACGUCCUAUUUGAGGAAAGAAAGGAAAAGAAAGAGAGAGUGAGAGAGAGGGAGAGAGAGAGAGAGAAAGAGAAAGAGAGAAAAGAUUUUGAAUAUCGCUGAGCAAACAUCGCUGUAGUGUCGAAGGCAUCAGUAAUGUGCACAUGGAUUUGUUUCAUCAUGGAUCCGCUCAAUUAAACAUUCUCGGCGAUUACUUCCAAUUUCUCACCGAAUUUCGAUCCAAAUUGUUAGUUACGAAUUUCCGCAUUUCGCGUUGUUACUUAGCAUUCGCUGCCGUUUCCAGUUUUACUGUGGUAAUAUGUUUUAUUCAUUUUUUCCGUUCUUAUAUUUUGUUCGCCAUGCCGCGUUGGCUAAAGACCAUGGAUCCGUUUUAUGUUUGUGCCGUCGGAGAAGUCUAGGACAUGGAGGGGCUUCCCUUUUCGCUGUACACUCUCUUAAGGCUCCGGAAUCUGAUGGAAGAAAUGAAUAUCUAGCGGGGCUUAUUAUGUGAAAACCAGUCAUCCCGAAGUGAUACGAAUUCGAAUGCUGAACUAUGCGCAACCUUCACGCAGGCCUACACUGUAGGGCAGGCUGUAAACAGCGCGAUACAUGAAAUGUUUCGCCUGAUACAUCCUCACUUAACUAGGGGAAGCACAGAGCAAAUUACGUAUUAAUGUAGAAGAAACAGAAAGCAAAUGAAAUGCAGACGGAUUUUUAAUUCCCCCUAUUCGUCGUUUCUUCAGAUAUGGCUCGAUGAGCGGCCGAAGAUAGUGCCCCGGGCCAGCAGCGGGAAUGGGAGAAGAUAGUGUUACCCGUUAGAUGUGGAACGCGAUUGACGUGGAGACUAGACAUGUAAGACGAAAGGCUUGUUAGAAGGACAAACUCAUGAACAAACAUCGAACGAUGGUGGAAGGUGAGCAUUCGUUCUUUCUUUUUUUUUUACAUUUCAUCGUAAAGUUAGUUUUCUCUACAAAUAAUGGCGCGUUAUGAUUAUGGCUGCUGAUAUGGUGCGAAGUCGGGGUCUGGAUGUUUAGAAUAUUAUCGUUUCAAUCAUUGCGUUCAUUUCCGUUUUUUACAAACUGGCCGCCCUCUUUCUUCAUCAAAAACGGGCACGCGAUCCGUUCUCCCCCCGGGUUGCUCUGUUGGAUUUUGGAGCGCGGAAAUGUUGCGAUAAUGUUUGCAAUCGCACAAGGCAAAAACAGUAAAAAGGGAUAAGGGAGACGGAGACGGAGAAAGGAACGCAGAGAUAUAUCAUAUUUAUUACACUAGCUAGUCUAAAAAUUUCCUUAUUGUUCUGAGUAUGCCUAUGCGGAACUUAUUUUGAAUUAUAAAAUAAAUUACCAUAAA